CUCCGAAGACCAACAGUAAACUGUGUGAAGCAGUGAAAUCUGGCCCCCAGCUGUCCAUACUGUUUCUCCUUACAACUCGACAUUCGCACUUUCCAUUCGGCAAUUCAGACUUGAUUUUCUUGUCAAUUGUCUUUGCUGUCUUCUUGCUCUUAGAUUUCUCUUCUAUCUCAAAAAGCCAGGACAACUUGUGCCAACUGACUGCUUCCCCUGAGCCCGUCCUACUCUUACCCCUCACCUCACCGCCGCAACAAUGUCAGCAAAGUCCAUUCUCGAGGCCGACGGCAAGGCCAUUCUCAACUACCACCUGACCCGUGCUCCUGUCAUCAAGCCUACUCCCUUGAAGGCUUCUGGUGUCCAUAACCCUCCUCCCAAGUUGGCUUCCAUCUUCUUCCCUGAAGACGAGGCAGUGUCAACGGUUUUGGACCAAGCUGAAGCCACCUAUCCUUGGCUCCUCCAGCCAGGCUCUAAAUUCGUUGCAAAGCCAGAUCAAUUGAUCAAGAGAAGAGGAAAGAGUGGCCUUUUGGCCUUGAACAAGCCGUGGGCCGAAGCAAGAAAAUGGAUCGAGGAGAGAGCCCGCAAGGACGUCAAGGUCGAGCACGUCACGGGGACUCUUUGCCAGUUCCUCGUCGAACCCUUUGUCCCUCAUCCCCAAGACACUGAAUACUACAUCAACAUCAACUCCGUGCGAGAUGGCGAUUGGAUCCUCUUCACCCACGAGGGUGGUGUGGAUGUCGGCGAUGUUGACGCAAAGGCCAAGAAGAUCCUGAUCCCAGUCGAUCUGAAGAAGUUCCCUUCGAACCAAGAGCUGGCUGCAACUUUGUUGCCCGACGUGCCCAAGGGUGUCCACAAUGUGCUGAUCGACUUCAUUGUUCGACUGUACUCGGUGUACGUGGACUGCCAGUUCACCUACCUCGAAAUCAACCCCCUGGUCGUCAUCCCCAACGCUGCAGGCACCUCCGCCGAAGUCCACUUCCUUGAUCUUGCCGCCAAACUCGAUCAAACAGCCGACUUUGAGUGCGGUGUCAAAUGGGCUAUUGCCCGAAGCCCCGCUGCUCUUGGUCUGCCCGGAGUCAAGACCGACGGAAAGGUCACCAUCGACGUUGGCCCGCCUAUGGAGUUCCCUGCGCCCUUUGGCCGUGAGCUCAGCAAAGAAGAGAAGUACAUCGCGGACAUGGAUGCGAAGACUGGUGCUUCGCUCAAAUUGACCGUUCUCAAUGCCAAGGGCCGCAUCUGGACUUUGGUUGCUGGUGGUGGUGCUUCGGUGGUCUACGCCGACGCUAUUGCCUCCGCCGGCUUUGUCAGCGAACUGGCCAAUUACGGUGAAUACUCCGGCGCCCCAACUGAGACUCAGACGUACAACUAUGCGAGAACUGUUCUCGAUCUGAUGCUCCGAGCACCCACGCACCCUGAUGGCAAGGUUCUGUUCAUUGGUGGCGGUAUUGCCAACUUCACAAACGUCGCUUCAACGUUCAAGGGUGUGAUCCGCGCACUCAGGGAGGUGGCCCCUGUCCUCAACGAUCACAAGGUUCAAAUCUGGGUCCGUCGCGCCGGCCCCAACUACCAGGAAGGUCUCAAGAACAUCAAGUCCGUCGGUGAGGAGCUGAAGUUGGACAUGCACGUUUACGGCCCAGAGAUGCACGUCUCUGGUAUCGUACCGUUGGCUCUCCUUGGCAAGACUUCGACGGUCCCCGAAUUUGGUGCUUAGAUAAGAACAUGAUUUUUUGAUGGUUCCGUGUCUUUUGAUCUAGAGCAUACCAAGAUAUCACUACGACGCUUUUGACGAUGGAUUGGCAUGGGGGCGGGCGAUGGGAAAAGAGCGGUUGCAGGCUAGGUAUGUUUCUUUACCGGAGUUCAACUUGGCGACCCUUGUUGGAAGAGGAAGCAUUAUGUGCAUGGAUGCCGUGUACGACAACAGUUCAGCGGUCGUUUCACGUCAUGCAGCAGAGGUCAUGGCGACUCGAGUAGAUGGCCAAGCAAGCGACUUUGUGUAAAGAACAACAUUAGACCGAGGCGGUAAUGACAUUCUGCUUCAAGCAAAUCUUUGCUCCGGCGCGUGAUCACAUUUCUUAGUAUAAAGUCAAGACAUUUCAACCCUGUU